CCGCUGGUUCGUCAGCCAGCCUCUCGGAGUUAGCCAAUGAGAAGUGCUCAGGUCCUGGUCGCCUGGGAAACCGCGAGACAACAAGAUGGCGGCGCCGCGGGAAGGCUCGCUGGGCCCGUGAUAGCAUCUCACUAUGUAACCCUGGCUAGCCUGGAACACACAGAGAUCUGCCUCUCCAAGUGCUGGGAUUAAAGGAGUCCCUGACAGCUAGCCUCGAGACUAGAGCUAUGAGCUCACCUCUGGCCUCUCUUAGCAAGACACGGAAGGUGCCCCUAGAGUCGGAGCCUGUGAACCCUGGCCUUGCAUGGGGCCUGGAACCUUCCCUUGGUGGCAUUCCAAGAGGCUUAAUUUGUAUUUGUUCCUUCUUCCUGCCUGGGUUCCCAGGAGGCGAGGGAUAAGAGUCUACGGAGAUGAAGAUGAAGUGGACAUGCUGAAUGAUGGACAAGACUCGGAAGAAAAGAUCUCCGUCCCUUCCUGCUAUGGCGGCAUUGGUGCCCCUGUGGGUAGGCAAGCCUCAGCUCCAGGCCUGGGCACUAGAAACUUUGUCUACUUGGCAGUCCCUGUAUUCCAUGACUCGGAGAUGAUGACCUCCAUGGCCAGGAAGCUGCGGGAGCUGGAGCAACAAUUGAAGGCCCAGAGUGAUGAGAUACUGUCCAAGGACCAGAAGAUCCUGGCCCUGGAGGAGUUGGUGCAGACCCUCCAGCAGAACCAGGUAGGCAACGCAACCCUGCAGAGGCAAGAGGAGCUGGAGACACAGUGCAUUCAGCUGCAGCGGCAGGUUGGCGAGAUGGAGCGGUUCCUCAGUGACUAUGGCUUGCAGUGGGUGGGUGAGCCCAUGGACCAAGAGGACUCAGAGGAAAAGAUAGACCCUGAAAAUGAUGAGUGGGACUGGAUGAAGGCCAAGAAGUUCUGGAAGCCAGGAGAUUCUUUGGCGCCCCCCGAGGUGGACUUUGACAGACUGCUGGCCAGUCUACAGGAUCUGAGUGAGCUGGUCGUGGAGGGAGAGACCCAAGUGAAGCCAGUGCCUGGUGGGGCGCAGCUCCGUACCCUAGAGCCCAUCCCACUAAAGCUCUACCGGAAUGGCAUGAUGAUGUUUGACGGGCCCUUCCGGCCCUUCUAUGAUCCCUCCACACAGCGCUGCCUCCGGGACAUACUGGAUGGCUUCUUUCCCUCAGAGCUCCAGCGGCUGUACCCUGAUGGAGUCCCCUUUAAGGUAAGCGACUUGCGAAAUCAGGUCUUCCCAGACGAUGGGCUGGGCUCGUUCCCAGGUGAGGGUCGUGUGGUGGGCCGGCAGAAAAUGCGCAAGAACUCAGACAGGUUGGAGGAUACUUCAGGCUCCAGGAUGACUGCUGAGAAAUUUCUGAACAGGCUUCCCAAGUGUGUAAUCCGACAAGGCGAGGUGAUUGACAUCCGGGGCCCCAUCAGGGACACCUUGCAGAACUGCUGCCCAAUGCCUGCCCGGAUCCAGGAGAUCAUAGUGGAGACACCUGCCUUGGCUUCUGAGCGGCAGAGGAGCCACGAGUCCCCCGACAUGCCGGUGCCUCCGCUCUCCAUGCUGCGCAUCAAGUCUGAGAAUGGGGAGCAGGCCUUCCUGUUGAUGAUGCGGCCCGAGGACACUGUUGGCGAUGUGCGCACCCUCUUAGCACAGGCCAGGGACAUGGAUGCGGCCACCUUUGAGAUCUUCAGCACCUUUCCACCCACGGUCUACCAGGAUGAUGCCCUCACACUGCAGGCCGCAGGCCUGGUUCCCAAUGCAACACUGCUUUUACGGCCCUCAAGAGCCCUGCUGUUGAACCCCAGCUUUGGUACUGGCUCUGGCUCUGGCUCCGGCUCCAGCUCCGGCUCCGGCUCCCACCGUGGCUCAGGCUCACUUCCCUGAAUAAAGUGCCGCCCCUGA